AUGGCCGGAGCUUACGAUCCAAGAUUACCGGAAGUACCUGAAUGGCUCAACAAAGGAGACAACGCAUGGCAACUUACAGCAGCGACUCUGGUUGGUCUACAAAGCAUGCCAGGUCUUGUUAUCCUCUACGCUUCCAUCGUCAAGAAGAAAUGGGCUGUGAAUUCAGCUUUCAUGGCUCUUUACGCCUUCGCCGCCGUUCUUCUCUGUUGGGUUCUCCUCUGUUACAAAAUGGCUUUCGGAGAUGAGCUUUUGCCUUUCUGGGGUAAAGGCGGUCCAGCUUUUGACCAAGGAUACCUAAAGAGCAGAGCAAAGAUCCCAAAAAGUAAAACCAUGGCGCCGUUGUUUCCGAUGGCGACGUUGGUUUAUUUUCAGUUUACGUUCGCGGCGAUAACGACGAUAUUAGUGGCGGGAUCGGUGUUGGGGAGGAUGAAUAUCAAAGCUUGGAUGGCGUUUGUGCCGUUGUGGUUGAUCUUUAGCUACACAGUUGGAGCUUAUAGUCUUUGGGGAGGUGGGUUUUUGUAUCAAUGGGGUGUUAUUGAUUACUCCGGUGGUUAUGUUAUUCAUCUCUCCUCCGGUGUUGCCGGCUUCGUCGCCGCUUAUUGGGUAGGACCUAGGCCUAAGGCUGACAGAGAGAGAUUCCCACCGAACAAUGUUCUUCUAAUGCUCGCUGGAGCUGGCCUUCUAUGGAUGGGAUGGUCAGGUUUUAACGGUGGUGCUCCUUACGCCGCUAACUUAACCUCCUCGAUCGCUGUGCUCAACACCAAUCUUUCUGCCGCGACAAGCCUCCUUGUAUGGACCACACUUGAUGUUAUCUUCUUUGGUAAACCUUCUGUCAUCGGAGCCAUUCAAGGCAUGGUUACUGGCCUAGCCGGCGUCACUCCCGGAGCAGGGUUGAUGCAAACAUGGGCAGCUAUAAUAGUUGGAAUAGUCUCAGGAACAGCUCCAUGGGCCUCUAUGAUGAUCCUUCACAAGAAAUCCGCUCUCCUACAAAAGGUUGAUGAUACAUUAGCGGUGUUUUACACACACGCUGUGGCCGGUUUACUAGGUGGAAUAAUGACAGGCUUGUUUGCACAUCCUGAUCUCUGCGAAUUGAUACUUCCUGAGCCAAAGACGAGAGGAGCUUUCUACGGCGGCAAUGGCGGCAAACAGCUUUUGAAACAGUUAGCCGGAGCUGCCUUCAUUGCUGUCUGGAACUUAGUGUCGACGACAAUCAUACUACUCGCUAUCAGGAUGUUCAUACCAUUGAGAAUGGCUGAAGAAGAGCUUGGUAUUGGAGACGACGCUGCUCAUGGGGAAGAAGCUUAUGCUCUUUGGGGAGAUGGAGAGAAGUUUGAUGCUACAAGACAUGUCCAACAGUUUGAGAGAGACCAAGAGGCUGCUCAUCCUUCUUAUGUUCAUGGCGCUAGAGGUGUCACCAUUGUUCUAUAAUUUUUCUUAUUAUUUUUGUCAUUUUUUUCUGUGUAUUAUUUUCCUUAUGACUUAGAGAUGUGUAUGAGUGAUGUUUUUGUAUAGGUGGUGAAACUUCAUUUGUCAAUUUUUUUCCGGAUGUAUUUGCAGUUAACAACCAUUUGUGAUUUUGUGACCUAUUCUCUUAGUGCCAAAGGCCCCAAAACCUAGUUUUUGAAA